CACACGCUGCUGCUGGAGCACGCGACGCGACCAGCUCGCUAGGGCGCAGCGCACACUUUCUCCUCCGCCUCCGCCUCCGCCUCCGCCUGCCACCUCCCUCCUCCCUCCCCCGCCCCGCCUCCUCCGCCGGUUGCAACGCUCACCUCCCCCUCCUCUGCUGCGCGCGCCAGGUUCCCCCGCCCCCGGCGCCUUCAGUCGGCAGGGGGACUUUUUUUUGCUCCGAUGGGCUCGAGCCCCGUGGCCGUCGCGUCCCCGGAUCCGGGGGGAGACGCCGGCCCCAAGCAGGAUUCUGAUGCCGCGGGGCCGGCGGGAGAUUCUGAUGUGGCCAUGGCCGAGGCCUCCGAGGAGGUGGCUGCUGUCGCUGAGGUGAAGGAGGAGGGGCCUGCCCUGGCCCGGGGUGGCGAGCUCACCGCGGGUGCUGUUCCAGAUGCGCCAGAUGCCGGCCGCCAAGAGGCAGAUGCGGCUGCCGCGGCGGCGGUUAAUCCCUUGUACGCCACUGAGGCAGCUGGCAUGGUUGUCGCAGAAGGAUGUGGGGAUGGUGAUCCCAUCAACGGUCUUGGAAGCGGCAGCAGCGACAUAAAGGCUGGAACUUUGACCGGCGAGCCUGAGUGGAAGCCAGUCACGGCAGGAGAUGUUGCUGGCGGUUCUGCUACUUCUGAGCAAGCCGAAGCCGAAUCCAGUGAACUCGGAGAAUAUCAUGUCAAUGCAACCCCUGUGGCUGUGGCAGGAAGUGAAGGGCAGGAUAAUGGUGUAGCACAUUUCGAGGAGGAACUACAGAAUGGUUCUGCAAAAUCUGCUCAGUGCUCCAGAUACUCCCUUCCUCCUCUUGAAAAAGAAGGCUUUAGAGUUUCUGAUCUUGUCUGGGGUAAAGUAAAAAGCCACCCUUGGUGGCCUGGUGAGAUCUUUGAUCCUUCAAAUGCAUCUGAGUUGGCAUUGAAGCACCAGAAAAAGGGCGGUCGUUUGGUUGCAUAUUUUGGUGACAACAGUUUUGCAUGGUGCGACGAUUCCCAGUUGAAGCCUUUUGUAACAGACUAUUCACAGAUGGAGAAACAGAGUAGUGCGGAUUCCUUUGUCGGUUCUGUCAAUUAUGCACUUGAAGAACUUUCAAGGCGGAUACUGUCGGGGAUGAGCUGUUCUUGCCUGCCAGAAGAGCUCUCUGACAAUGGAAUGUCAUAUAUGGUUGAGAAUGCUGGGCUCAAGGAUGGAGUUACAUGCUCAGCAGUCAACCGGUCUGAGAUCCUGGCAUCUUUUAGUCCAGAAAGCCUUCUUCAGUAUGUUAAGUCGCUAGCUCUAUUCCCUGGUCAAGGUGGUGAUCUGCUAGAGUUAGUGAUAGCUUGUUCUCAGCUUACAUCUUUCUAUCGAUCUAAGGGAUGCCCUGAACUAGCAUCCUUCCAGACUGGCAGUGCAUGGGUUGAGGAUGGUACAGAUACUUCUCCCAUCGAAAAUGUAGUGGUUGAGGAAGUUGUCAUCAGUGAAGUGCCUCCUCCCGAGGUCAAGCCCAAAAGAGGCAGGGGGAGACCUCGCAAACACAAGCCUGAGGAUAAACUGGAGUUGCCAGGGAAGAAGAAGCCUGCAGUUGCAGUGGAAAGACAAAUGAUCAAGGACUUUGAUGAUAAGAAAAGAAGUCUUGACUCGUUUGAAGAUUUGGGUACAAAGUCACCAACGGGUCGUUCUUUCAAGAUUGGGGAGUGCAUUCGGCGAGCUGCAAACCAGCUGACCGGGCCUUCGUCCAUUGUAAAAUCCCAGAAUGAAAAUACUGCUGAAGCAGAGAAUGCAGAAUUUGAUGUCUCUAGUGAUGAUGAUGCGGCUGCGAAUGCACUUACUGUGGAGAAGUGUGCAAAGAGGAGACGCUUGCAUAGCCAUCACCUUGCGGACCCCAAGGAGUUAUUCUCUCAGCUUUGCUCAGUUGCCAUAGAGCCAACGGAUGGUUACAACUUCCCGGCACUGACAAUCAGUUACUUCAGUGAUUUCAGGAAUUAUAUUGUCUCUGUUGCUACUGAAGCAAGCAUUAUCGAAAAAAGUACAUCAAAGAGGAGGAGAAAGAAGAGGGUUUUGCCUUCUCCUGAGCUAGAGACUACUGAUCAUAUGCAGGACUCCUACUGGUCUGGUUUGAGUUUGCUUAAUCACCCGAUUCACAGCCUCAAAAGAGCUUCUACCAACACGAGGCCAAGGCGUAGGCGCAAGUCAUCACAUGAAACAGAUUUGUCCGCUGUACAAGAUCAGCAGAUGGCUCCUAAGAAACAGAUACAAGUGAUAGAAAGAUCAAUUAUCCAUGUUGACGAAAAGAUAGUCGACGAGUGGAAGCCCACCGCACUUGUUUUAAACUUUGGCAGGUCAACUGAUCUUCUCUCAGAAACUGAUCUGAUCAAGAAAUUCGGUCGCUAUGGCCCACUGAAAGAAUCUGAAAUUGAUGUGCAAAAGAGCACGAAUACUGUUAAAAUUGUGUUCAAAAAGCGUGCUGAUGCUGAAAGGGCUUUCAGCGCUGCUGGGAAGUAUGGCACUCUUGGUCCCUCACUUCGUAGCUAUCGUCUAGUGAAUAUGCCAUUUUCUCUAGGAGAGUCAGAACCGAAUAAAUCUGAGGCGUGCCCUGGAGAUCAUGGCCCAGAGCUUCCUGGUCCAACUGAGCCCAAAGUUUCACUGGAUGCUGUGAAAGAUAACCAGGUUGACAAAACUGAGAAAGCUGAAGCUGUACAAGCAUCAUCAGGUGAACAAGUUGAGGCUGUCAAGAAAACAUGCCAAGCUGAACCUGGAAAGCAAUCAUCAGGUGCCCAAGUUGAGACCGUCCAGCAAGCAUGCCAACCUGAAGCUGAUGCUGUUAUGAAAACAGGAAAAAAUGCUGCCGACCUAACUGAGCUGUCUGACCAAAUUGCAACAACUGAUGUAACUGCGCAAACAAUGAAAAUUCAAGCUCCAAAAGAUGCAGUUGAAAUUCCUUGCGAUGUGAAGCUGGAAGAUGAAGCAUUGACUGAAGAAUCUGUAGAUCAAGUUGCAACUGAGCAAGUCAAAGUUCCAUCAGAUGCUGUACCCGACACUUCAAAAGUUCAACCAGAAACACCAAUCGAACAAGAGGGCACAGCAGCAGAAGCAGCUCAAGACCUAACUGAAGUGUCUGUCCAAGAAGCUGAUUUGAAAAAGCAAAUUGUGGAACCCAGAACUGCUGAAAUAGAAGCGGAACAAGUCAGCUGUCCCGAGCAAACUGUUCAAGUGGAAGAUGUAAUCGACGCAUCAGGUGGACACACCAAUGUGGGCAGAAAAACUGCAGAAGAGAUAACUAUGACUGAAGUCAUGGUUGGGGGAUCUGUGGAGUCAAAAGUCGUAGCACCAGUUGAGGAAACUGUGGAAGACAAAGCUACUGCAGGGACACUUGGGGAGGCUAUAGAAGGUAAAUCUACAGCUGAAGCACCAGGUGAUGAAACGGAAAACACAGAUGCAGCUGAUUCACUGGGUGAGGAAACUGUGGAAGACAAAGCUACUGCAGGGACACUUGGGGAGGCUAUAGAAGGUAAAUCUACUGCUGAAGCACCAGGUGAUGAAACGGAAAACACAGAUGCAGCUGAAUCACUGGGUGGGGAGGUUGGUGUAGGUGAAGCCACAGGUGAUUCACCAGAUGAGAGAGUUGCUGUUGAAGCACUUGCCGGUAUGUCCGCCCAAGGUGAAACAGCUGCCGAAGCAGCUGAUGCUGAAAUUACAACAGCUGGAAAAACUGCAGAGGGUGUCAGUGUCGGUGUUAGAACAGCCAAGAAACCUGUAAAGGGUGCCACGGUUGAAGCACCAGGUAAGAAGGCCACACCAGCAAAGAAACCAGUGGAGGAUGCCACGGUUGAAGCGCGAGAUGAGAAAGCUGCGACAGCCAAGAAAACCACCGAGGAUGCGAAGGUCGAAGCGCCAGAUGAGAAAGCUAUGACAGCCGAGGAUGACGCCAUGGCAUAGGCGGCUGAUGGGCAGGUGGUGCAACUGAAUAGAAAGGCUAGCUAGCUCACGUCGAAUUCUUGUUUCUGUCGGUAUCAGGUAAUCCAUCUGCUCAUCCGGUUCUCCCCAUCAGGACGCCAUGUUCUUUGUAUAGGAAAAGACGGGAGCCUGUCUGACCCUAGCAUCGCAGGGCUGUUAGGUUAGCUAAGGCAGUAACAUAUAUUUGGCCCCAUUCACGUGAGCUCCAUCAAUCAUCUAGGGGUAUUGGCGUAGCCAUAAAACGGAGCUGAUGCGGAACUUCAGUUGGUGCGGCCUUCCAUCGGGUUAAUUAGCAUCCUGAAUCAGGUAGGCAAAGCCAUGUUACAUUCGUAUGCACAUUUUAGUGUCGGGUUGUCAGCAGCCCCGUUGUUGAAUCUGCUGGGACGUCAUAUGAUUCUUGUAUGAAUUGUCAUUUGUAAACUGGCUGUGUUGUGGAGCUCGUAUCUCCUCUUUUUUCCUUGCGUCGCGACUCCUAUGUUUUAUCUAACAGAUUCUGCUUGCGUAUUUAUUAAGUUGUGAUCAACAUCCUUUGCUUA